AUGGCUGAAAACCGUAAAAAACUAUCAUACGGAUGGGAAAAGCUGAACGUUGAAAUCUUAGUGAGGAUAUUCCAUAACUGUUUCAGCCUUGAAGAGCGGACAACGAGUGGACUAGCACUAGCUCAUGUCUGUGGAGGAUGGCGUGCGGCUAGCUGCGAUCCCCUUCUUUGGAACACGCUCGACCUAUCGCUCAUGGAACCUAUAUUCAUCCCGACAGCACUUUCACAAUAUAUGUUCCACGCCAUGCGUCGCUCUGAACGUAAACUGGCUCGGAUCUUAAAACUCUCCCUGAGUCUUAGCAAGGGAAAUAUAAGCACCUUGAUAUUCCCUUACAACUUGUUUCUCAGUGAUGAAAUGGUUACUUACACCGCAGAAAGGUGUCCCAACUUGAGACGCUUAGUGCUACCAGAUUGGAACAACAAUGCCAAACAAUACUGCCAAAAAGGUAAAACACCAAGCGUCCCGGACCCGCAUGUUGUCUUUGAAUCGAUCGCCGUGAACUGCAAGAACUUCAAAGAGCUCAAGACAAUGGGUUCCAUUGAUCUCAACUUCGCCAAGACCCUUGUAGGUCUCCUCCCGAAUCUCGAAGUCCUUAGCCUCAGAUGCAGUGCCAUACACCGAGAUGCCCUCAUAACAAUUUUGAAUAAACUUAAAAGCCUCGAGGUUCUCAACAUCUCUCAUUCUUACCUUGUCGUCCCGAAACAGAAGAGGAUCAUCGUGAGGAAGCUUAACAAGAAGAUAAAGAACGAGGGUUCGAAGUUGAAGCAGUUCUUGACUUGCAUGGAGUACGAGACUUGCGUGAUGUGUCAGAGGACAGAGAAGGAUGAAGGGAACAUAAGCUGGGAUGACUAUGAGGAAGGGCUAUGGAAAGCAGACGAAAUAAGCUCUCUUCAUCUCUAA